GACAUUUUUCAUCUGUUCAGUUGGCUUCACUUCCCCAAUGCUGUUUGAUGAGAGAAAAUAUCCUUAUCACCUUAUGCUACAGAAGUUCCUCUGCUCUGGUGGCCACAGUGCUCUUUUUGAGACUUUCAAUUGGGCUCUUUCAAUGGGAGGCAAAAUUCCCAUAUCUGAGGGACUUGAACAUCCAGACCUGCCUGAUGGCACAGGAGAGUUUCUGGAUGCUUGGCUUAUGUUGGUAGAAAAAAUGGUGAACCCAACAACUAUACUUGAGUCACCACACUCCCUCCCUUCUAAGCUGCCUGGGGGUCGAAACUAUCCACAGUUUAGUGCCCUCCGCUUCCUUGUAGUGACUCAGAAGGCGGCUUUCAACUGCAUAAAGAACCUGUGGAACCGGAAGCCUGUAAAGAUUUAUGGUGGGCGGAUGGCUGAAUCCAUGCUGGCCAUCCUGUGCCACAUACUUCGGGGAGAGCCUGUUAUCCGAGAGAAACUAAACAAGGAAAAAGACGGAGCAAAAGCUGAGGAGGAAUCUGGGCAGGAAGAAGGUAGCUCCCGCCGAGGACCUCAAGUGAAUCAACAACAACUACAACAGGUAGUUCUUUCUCCCUUUCUGGGUAAAUGGGCUGAGGGGUAAAGUUGAAGUCAGUAGACAAUGGGGUAGAAAGCACUCUUUUAUACCUACGUGUUUUGGGCAGAGCAAUUAGGAGG